UUUUUCUAAGCAGGUGAAAAGAAGGAGUGGAAAGCACUUUUCAUUCUUAUUAUAUAUAGAGAUAGAGAUAUGUACGACGAUUAUUACGACUAGUACUUUCUUUACUUUUCAAAAGACGAAAACGAUAGUUUGACUUUGAAAGAGACAAUAAUGACUGAGUCUGAGAAAUGGAAGCGCACAGCUCUGCUUGUCAUUGAUAUGCAGAAUGAUUGCAUACGUGAAGAUGGUCCUGUGCGAGUAAAUGGAGGCAAAGCCAUACUCCCCAAUGUUAUUGAGGCAGUUCAAGUAGCUAGGCAGCGCGGCAUUCUCAUAAUUUGGGUUGUUCGUGAGCAUGACCCGAAAGGUAGAGAUGUUGAACUAUUUCGCCGGCAUCUUUAUGGUGAUGGUAAAUUGGGUCCAGUUAUUAAGGGCAGUUUAGGUGCAGAAUUGGUUGAAGGGCUGGUGAUUAAAGAAGAAGACUAUAAGCUGGUGAAGACCCGUUUCAGUGCUUUCUUUAAUACUCAUCUUCAUUCAGUUCUUCAGGGUGCAGGGAUUGAUAGUUUAGUUAUUACUGGUGUUCAGACUCCCGACUGCAUAAGACAGACAGUUUUUGAUGCUGUGGCGCUGGAUUACCCGUCUCUUAAAGUUAUUGUCGAUGCUACGGCUGCUGCUACACCUGAGAUACACACAGCCAACAUACUUGAUAUGAAGAAUGUUGCAGUGACUACACCAACCUUGAAAGAAUGGUCUGAGCAUGAUGCUUGACGGUCUAGGGAUCAACUUGGGAUUCAGCUCCCUCGGCCUCGGCGACACGCAAUAAAAUAAAUUAUCAUAUGUAUGCCUGUUCCUUUACCCUAUGUUUGGAAGUUGAAUUUUAGUGGGGAAAGAAAAAUGUAAGAAAAAAAAAGUGAAAAAUAAAAAAAAAAAUUCUCUCGUUUGGUGUAGAAUGAAAAAUUGUAUGAAAAAUAGCUUGAUUCAACUUCCAAAUGUAACCUUAAAAAAGUGUGUGCUGGUUUUCUAUUAUGUCCCUCUACUUAUGUUGUGAUGUUCUUUUGUAGAAGAUGUUGUAAUGUAACCAAAAAAUAAAGUGGUCA